AACAACACAGGGGAGAGUCUAAGAGCAGGAAGAACACAACAAUGGCUACUCUCAUAGCUCCUGACAACCCUUCUCCAGUUGAAGAUGCUGAAGCCCUCAGAAAAGCUUGCCAAGGAUGGGGAACAGAUGAGAAAGCCAUAAUCUCAGUACUUGGGCACAGAAAUGCAGUUCAAAGGAAGCUAAUAAGGCAAGCUUAUGAACAGAUAUAUGGAGAGGAUCUCAUCAAAAGCCUUGAGUCUGAACUUUCUGGGGACUUUGAGAAAGCUGUCUACCGUUGGAUACUUGAUCCAACUGAAAGGGAUGCAGUCCUAGUUAAUGUGGCAUUGAGGCAUUCCAUACCUGACUACCGAGUGAUUGCUGAAAUUGCAAGUGUUAGGUCUCCUGAAGAGCUUUUGGGAGUGAAAAGGGCAUACCAUUUGCGAUAUAAGCGAUCUCUGGAAGAAGAUGUCGCCGCCCACACCAAUGGUGAUUGUCGCAAGCUUCUGGUUGCCUUGUUGGGAACAUUUAGGUAUGAUGGUGAUGAGACUAAUGCCAAUUUAGCUCGGUCAGAGGCCGGUAUCCUUCAUGAUGUGAUCCAGGGGAAGAUCUUUAACCAUGAAGAGGUUAUUAGAAUCCUGGGCACAAGGAGCAAGGCACAGCUCAAUGCAACUUUCAACUUCUACAGGGAUGAACAUGGCAAUUCCAUCACCAAGAGCUUAUUGGGGGAUCCUGCUGAUGAGUUCUUAGCAGCAUUGCGAACGGCAAUCCGAUGCAUCUAUGAUCCUCAUAAAUACUUUGAAAAGGUGUUGCGCAAUGCAAUAAGCAAGCCAGGAACAGAUGAAGAUGGACUCACUCGUGUGAUUGUUACGCGUGCAGAGAAGGAUUUGAAGGACAUCAAGGAGAUGUAUAACCAUAGAAACAAUAUGACUCUUGAGCAUGCCAUAGCAAAGGAAACUUCUGGGGAUUACAAGGAUUUCCUCCUCACUUUGGUGGGGACUGAAGGGCAUUAGCUUUGUUCUUCCAAAUGGAUAAAAGAAGAUUUUCUAUUUGCAUAAAGUAGAGCUUCAGUUUGUGUUUGGUAAGGAGGGUAUCAGUCAUAGUUUAGUUUGAUUAGGAGUUCAGAAUCCUUUUUUGCAUAUGGUUUGUAUUGAAAUUGGGUCUGUGAGUCAUUCUCUAUUUUCUUCUA